CACCGGUUUUCUUUUGGACAUCGUGCUGAUCCUCCUGAGUCCAACUGCUAUUUCAAACAGCAGAUAACAUCUAAACAUUGAUUAGUCUUCGGUGGAAUCUCCCCCAGUGCCUGCUACAUGUGCACUGAGGAGAAACUGGGCGGCCCCUCAACCACGACUUGACCCAGCCUGAGUCUACUGAUAUGUGAAUGUUCAGACUGAGAUGAUGAUCUUACAAUCUUUACAAAUUGCUAUAUUUUCCUGACACUCGAAAGUCACAGUUUGGCAUUCAAAGUACUGCAGACAUGGUUGUUAAGAAAAGGAUGAUUUCAGGGUCCUUCUUUCUGUUUAUGCUGCAAGCUGUAAUUCAACAAGGUCUGACGCCUCUUGGCCAAAGGUCACGAGGUCGAGGUGACAGUCCAGACCCGACUCCAUCUGCAGUUCCACCUGAUCCUUCAGGCUGUCAGAAAGUGGUUGAUUGUCCAAUCAAACUGUAUUUCACAAUUGAUACCUCGGAGACAAUUGCCUUGCAGGAGUCCCCGCCUGGAAUACUGGUGGAAAAUAUCAAGGAGUUCACCAAGAUGUUUGCCCAAAAGCUGGCUGAUGAGGAGUACAAAGACCAGGUUAAGAUCACCUGGUCCAUUGGAGGGCUGCACUACUCCCAGACACAGGUAUUCUUCAGCCAGUUUGCAACCAGGGAGAGCUUCAUCAGGAGUCUGAGUGGCAUUAAAUACCUGGGGAAAGGUACUCAUACUGACUGUGCCAUUACAAACAUGACGUACGCCAUGACCCACAGCUACACAGGGAGGAAGGCUGCACUCUUCUCUGUGGUCAUCACCGAUGGUUUUGUUACUGCAAAUCCAUGUGACGGGAUUAAAUUGGCUGCGGAGAAGGCCAGAGAGAAAGGGAUCCAAAUUUUCUCCGUGGCAGCAUCCAGGAGCUUUGACCAAGUUGGAAUGGAUUUGAUUGCCAACUCCCCUUCUGAGUUGUAUCGAUAUGAUUACACAGCUGUGGAGGUUGUCGAAGGACGACCAAAAAUAAAGACGGACUCUAUUGACCGUAUCAUAAAGGCUAUGAAAUAUCAAGCCUAUUUACAGUGUUAUAAAGAUUCAUGCUUUGAGGCUCCUGGACACCCUGGUCCAUCAGGGCUCCGAGGUCAAAAGGGUAUAAAAGGAGAUCGAGGAUAUCCAGGACCAAAAGGUGAAAAGGGUUCCCAGGGUGAUCCUGGGAUUGAAGGUCCAAUUGGACGACCAGGUCCAAAGGGGGAGCUUGGCAACAAAGGUGACAAGGGUGAAAUUGGAGCAAGUGGAGUAAAGGGUUUGUCAGGAUUACCUGGCAGGAAUGGAACUGAUGGACAAAAGGGUAAAGUUGGCCGAAUUGGAGCUCCUGGUUGUAAAGGUGAUCCGGGUGAUAAGGGACCAGAUGGACACCCUGGAGAAGUUGGUGACCCCGGACCACAAGGUGGCCCAGGACCUAAGGGUUAUCCAGGCUUCUCUGGAAAACCGGGUCCACCAGGUCCAGUUGGUGAGCAGGGGCCAAAGGGUGAAAUUGGGAAUCCUGGAAACCAAGGACGACCAGGAGAAAAAGGAAAUCUGGGGCAAAAUGGGACAGUUGGACAAAAAGGAGAACCUGGAACGAGAGGAACGACUGGACCAAAGGGAAAGCAAGGACGUGAUGGGCCUCCAGGAGAAAAGGGAGAACGGGGCCUACAGGGGAGCCGAGGUCGACCCGGGGCCGUUGGACUUAAUGGUACAAAGGGUGAACUUGGACUUCCAGGACCAAGGGGUCAAUCAGGAGAACAAGGAAGUCAUGGACAAAAUGGCACUGUGGGGAAUCCUGGAGAUCCUGGGCCAAGAGGAGAACCUGGGCCCCGUGGACCACAGGGUGACAAAGGAAGACAAGGAUUCAGCUAUCAAGGACCAAGAGGACCCACUGGAGACAGGGGGGAUCCAGGCAGGAAAGGAUUUGUAGGGAGCCGAGGUGAAUGUGGGCCCAAAGGAGAGCGUGGAGAAAAAGGAGAGCCAGGAGUGCCAGGCGAGCCAGGGGAGGAGGGUGAACCAGGACAGAGGGGGCCCAGAGGAGAACCUGGACGUGAUGGAGACAUGGGACCUCUGGGUGAUCCUGGGCUCACUGAUUGUGACGUCAUGACUUUUAUCAGGGAGACAUGUGGUUGCUGUGACUGUGAGAAAAUCUGUGGAGCUCUGGACAUUGUGUUUGUAAUUGAUAGCUCUGAGAGCGUUGGUUUGACAAACUUCACCCUGGAGAAGAACUUUGUUGUCAACACCAUCAACAGACUGGGCUCUAUGGCCAGUGACCCUGCCUCAGAAACAGGAACAAGAGUGGGAGUUGUACAAUACAGUCACAAUGGAACCUUCGAGGCCAUUCGACUCGAUGACCCCAACAUUAACUCAUUAUCUGCCUUUAAGACAGCCGUGAAGAACCUACAGUGGAUUGCUGGGGGCACCUUCACACCCUCAGCUCUCAAGUUUGCCUAUGACAACGUCAUCAGGGACAGCAAGAGAGCCAAAGCCAAGGUGUCUGUGGUGGUGAUCACAGAUGGACGCUAUGACCCGCGUGACAACGAGGACCUGCUUGCCCUCUGUUAUGACAGCAGGGUGGUGGUCAGUGCUAUUGGGGUUGGUGACAUGUUUGGAAAGAUACAAGAUGAUGAGGUCUUGAGUUCAAUAGCAUGCCAUAAGAAGGACCGACUCACUGGCAUGAGGCAUUUUGCUGACUUGGUAGCUGAGGACUUCUUAAAUAAGAUGGAGCGUGUGCUCUGCCCUGAACCAGUGACAGUGUGUCCUGAUCUCCCAUGCAAAAGUGAGCCUGAUGUGGCCCGAUGUGCCCAGCGGCCAGUGGACUUGGUUUUUCUACUGGAUGGCUCAGAGCGCCUUGGAAUGAAGAACUUCCGCCAUGUACGAGGAUUUGUACAGACGGUGGCAGACAGAUUGACCUUAGCCCGAAGUAGGACUGAUCGUAUGCGAGCCCGCAUGGCACUCAUGGAAUACGGCAAGGAGAAUGAAAAACACAUUGCCUUCAAUCUCACACACAAUGCAGCCAUCAUCUCUGAUGGCUUGGCUCGUUUGCCUUACCUGGAUUCUUCAUCCAGCGUGGGGCCUGCCAUCAUCCACGCCAUCAACAACCUCUUGAGUGCCAGAGGUGUUCGCCAGACCAGGCGCAACACAGAAAUAUCGUUUGUUUUCAUCACUGACGGCGUCACUGACACAAAGAUCCUUGAUGAGGCAGUUGGUGCCAUGCGAAGGGCACAGGUUGUCUCCACAGUGAUAGCAACAGGAAAUGAUGUUGACCAAGAAGUCUUAAUGAAGCUCGCCAUGGGUGACCGUGAUGCCAUCUUCAAAGGACAAGAUAUGUCCGAUUUUUCUCAGUCCACUUUGUCUGACAAAUUCAUGAACUGGGUAUGUUAGACAGGAACCACACUCAUGGGGACAAAAACAUCACGGGCAUUUCCAUGCUGAAUGGGAAAAUUAGGCAAGAUGUUUUUUUUGUUUUGUUUUAUUUUUUUUUUACAGUGGUUCCGUUGCAUUUUCCGUUUGCUAUAUAUAAAAUAAACUUUUUUUUUCAGGAAACAAAAGACUUUUGUUGUAACACAAACCAUGCUGUAAUUAGAAGUAAUUAAAAGACUAAUUAGUUUUAUCUUACUUUUUGUUUGUCAUUUCAUACCUUGUGUCAACUGGCACAUGCAAGCAAAAAAUAGUGUCUAAAAAUGUAUAUGUGUGGGAGGUACACA